AUGUUCAAGGCGGAGGCUGUUUCUCCGUGCGGCUUCCGUGCAGACGGUCGGCUAGUGCACGAGUGUCGGCAGCUACGCUGCCGCACUUCUGUGCCAUCGGCUGCGGCAAAUGACCUUCCUACAGCCGCUGCGGUGCCAGACGGGCCAUCGAUUGCCACUGCGGGCGCGUCGGGAAGUCUUGCCAGCUGCGACGGGCGAGCAGUAGUAUCCCUCGGCUGCACCAAAGUCAUGGCUCUGGUAUACGGACCGCAGCCCUCUAGCAAUAUGAGCACUCUCAGCGCCAGCAGCAGCAAUACCUGGAGCGUCAGCUGCACGGACAAUACCUCUGCAGCGAUGCAGAUGAUGCAUGAAGGCAAACAAGGACUCGCGAGAGGCGAGCUUGCUGUUCCGGUUUCUAUUGUCUGCUCUGUUGGACUAGUCGAUAGUUGUGUGAGGACAAGGAGCAGGUACACCCCAGACGCUGCAGAAAUCGCAGCAGCUGUGCGGACGGCAGCAGAAGGCAUCAUUUUGAGGCGUCUAUACACCCAAACACGAAUCACCAUAUCAAUUCUUGUCCUUGCAGACGACGGGAGCAUUUUGUCAGCUUCCCUGAUUGCGGCCUCUCUUGCUCUGGCAGAUGCAGGUGUUGCUAUGAGGGACCUGCUGCCCUCGUGCACAGUGCUGCUGCUACCCCAGCAUUUUCCGCAGCAGCAGCAGCAGGAGCCACUUUUACUAGUUGACCCCACAAGUGAUGAGACGCGUAGUGGAGGCCCCUGCUUAACGCUUGGAGUAACGGCAGAAACGAAUAAUGUAGGUCUGUUCGCCGCCUUGGACUUAUCGGCAAAUGCAACGCAAAUGCAACCACUCUGUUAG